GUAUGUAGCCGGAGUUAGCAGCAGUUUUUCUCCUUUGAUUCGUCCAACUUUACGCUCUACUUCUCUCUUUCCGCGACCGGUUGUGUUUUUUGUACCAAGUAACGGAUCACUGAGAAGACAAAGCGACGUUAUACCUCAGCAUUUUGACUUUAAAAGAUGGUAAAAGCAGCCUAGAGCUCGCCGUUCCGCCUAGCUAAAGUCUCUCUGUCAGAGACUCUGCUGUGUCUCAGUGUCCGGAAGUUCUGAGGGGACAAAAGUAAGAAAGGCAUGAAAAAAAGGAGCUGGAAGAAACGUCUGAGCAGUUUUCUCCGAGCAAACUGAAACACCGUUUCUCUCGUGAAUUUAACCGAGGGGACGGUCUUACUUUUUUAGUUAUCUCGUAAUUAGCAUUGUGCAUUAAUUGAUCGAUGGGGCUGCCGACGCUGGAGUUUAGUGAUUCUUUCGUGGACAGUCCGGAGUUCAGAGAGCGGCUGCAGUGCCAUGAGAUAGAGCUGGAGCGCACCAACAGGUUUAUAAAAGACCUCAUCAAAGAUGGAAACAUGCUCGUAUCAGCCCUCAGAAGUCUUUCUCUUGCUGUUCAACGGUUUUCUCAGUCUCUGCAGGACUUUCAGUUUGAAUGUAUUGGAGAUGCUGAGACUGAUGAUGAGAUCAGUAUAGCUCAAUCCUUAAAGGAGUUCUCUCAGCUCUUGAGCACCAUGGAAGAGGAGAGAAAACGACUGAUCCAGAACGCAGAUGACGUGUUGAUCUCACCACUUGAGAGGUUUCGUAAGGAGCAAAUUGGAGCUGUUAAGGAGGGAAAGAAGCAGUUUGACAAGGAGACAGAAAGGUACUACUCUGUCCUGGAGAAACACCUCAGCAUUUCCUCCAAAAAGAAGGAGACACAGCUACACGAGGCUGAUUCACAGAUGAGUAAGGAUAGGCAGGUUUUUUAUGAUGCAUCUCUGCAGUAUGUCUUCAAGAUCCAAGAAGUGCAGGAGAGAAAGAAGUUUGAAUUUGUGGAGCCGUUGUUAGCCUUCCUGCAGGGUUUGUUUACAUUCUACCAUGAGGGCUACGAGCUGGCCACCGAGUUUGAGCCCUACAAGCAGCAGCUUCAGUUCAACCUGCAGAAUGCUCGCAAUAACUUCGAAAGUACGCGUGCCGAGGUUGAGAGGCUGAUGAAGAGGAUCCGGUCUGCAGAAGAAGACUUCAAAGCCCCGAGUUGCUUUACAAUGGAGGGAUAUCUGUACAUACAGGAGAAACGUCCUCUGGGCAGUGUGUGGACCAGAUACUACUGUACUUACGAGAAAACCUCCAAGAUGUUCACCAUGAGCAACACAGAGGCCAGACCAGCCAACAGACAGAACGGAGUGAUUAAUGGUACACCUGAGAUGUUCAAGCUGCGCUCGUGUGUCAGAAGGAAGACAGAUUCAAUCGACAAGCGCUUCUGCUUUGACAUCGAGGUGGUAGAGAGACAUGGCGUCAUUACCCUGCAAGCACUCUCUGAGGCCAACAGGCGGCUGUGGAUGGAGGCAAUGGAUGGAAAAGAACCUAUUUACACUCUGCCCUCUUUGCUCAGUAAAAAGGAGGAGACAUUUCUCAAUGAUGCGGGCUUCAGAUUUGUUAGGAGGUGCAUUGAGCUGGUUGAAACAAGAGGCAUUACUACCCUGGGGCUGUACAGGAUCGGAGGGGUCAACUCCAAAGUGCAGCGGUUGAUGACGAGUGUGUUUGCAUCGACAGCUCCCUCUGACAUGCAGCUGGACGCAGAUGCCUGGGACAACAAGACCAUCACCAGCGGCCUGAAGAAUUAUUUCAGGUGUCUGGCAGAACCCGUGCUGACCUACAGACUACAUAAAGAAUUCAUCAAGGCUGCAAAAUACGAUGAUCAGAAGCACAGAGUGAGAGCGAUUCAUGCUCUUGUGCACAAACUACCUGAAAAAAACAAAACAAUGUUGGAAAUAUUAACCAACCACCUCCUCAAAGUGUCCUCUCACAGUGACCAGAACCUGAUGACUGUGUCCAACCUGGGAAUGAUCUUUGGCCCCACGUUGAUGAGGUCACAGGAGGAGACGGUGGCCGCCAUGAUGAACAUCAAGUUUCAGAACAUUGUGGUGGAGAUUAUCAUUGAAAACCACGACAAGAUCUUUGGUGAGGCCCCAGACCUGUCAGUGCCGUUACCUCAGGCUCCCUCCUCUCGGUCGACUCCUCGGAGGAACAAGGCCAUCUGCCUGUCGUCUGGAAAGAGAAAGGCUCGUCUUUACCCUCCUACUCUCUGCCUGGCAGACAACGACAGUGACACGUUCAGUAGCAGCCCCAGCACGACUCCAAUGGGCAGCCAGGAGUCUCUGUCCUCACACUCCUCUGAGAAGAACGGAUUGUCUCAGACCUCUCCUCCAUCCUCUCCUGCAGCCGAGUCUGGCUCAUCCUCUACAGCACCGGUGUCUCCCCCUGCAGCUUCCUCCUGCUCCCCUUCUCACAACUCCUCAAACGGGAAGGAUCAGAAACAUCCGACAGACAGCACCGCCUCCCCUCACCUUACACCUUCCUCUUCCUGGACUUCCUCCCAGGUCACCCCGGCCCAGCAGACAUCUUCUGUGUCCUCCUCGUUGUCCUCUUUACUCUCCACGGAGAGGACUCUGUCUGUCAAGGGAAACUCUACCGCCUCUUUAUCAUCUGUGAAAGAGUCUAGAUCUCCUUCCAUAGCCUCCUUGUCCACCACUUCCACCCAGAACUUGUCAGUGGAGCGUGCCUCCUCUCUCAGGGAGGGUCGACCUGUUCACAGAGCAUCGUCUGCUUCUUCUCUGAAGAGCACUCAGUCAGUGGAUCAAAGAAAUGCAUCCAGCGCCUCUUCCACUGUCACAGAAUGCAAAGUGACGGACUCAACCUCUCCUUCUCGACAGCUCAGAAAAACGUACAGGACUGCCUCCUCUUCCUCUUCCUCCUCCUCUUCAUUAUUCCCCUACCAGCUUUCCACAUCUUCCUCUCUCACCUCGCUACACAUCUCUGAAGAUUACAAAAGCUGUCAUGGAUCGGUUCAGAGUCUCAUGUCGCUGGACCCACAAGAGGCAACACGCAAACAUAAACCUUUGCACAUCCGCUGUGGCUCCGAUCUGACCACAAAACACUCUGCAGCCACCGCAUCCAGCAAUGGUUACCAGAAGCCAGGAUCAGUAUUAUCAAUCAGAACUCAGCGUGAGAGUUCAGUAUUCUCCUCAGCUUUAGACAUUUGUUCAGGAAGGGAUGCAAAAGCUCUUUACUCCUGUGAGGCAGAGCACAGCCAUGAGCUCAGUUUUCCACAGGGAGCGCUGUUCUCAAAUGUCUACCCGUCUGUGGAACCAGGCUGGCUUCAGGCGACGUACAACGGCAGAACGGGCCUCAUACCUGAAAACUACAUCACAUACAUGUGACAGGCUCGAUGAUGUCAUCACCACAUCACCCAGUAACAUAAUAAAGAUCUAACUUAGGCUUUAGGGAUCCACAGUACAGACAGUAAUACUCUGUGCUGCUGAUCAAAGAUAUAAUAUAUUCAUGAUGUAACUGUGACUCUUAUCAAGGUCAUUCCUGUCAUGCAGCAACUUUUCACCUUUAAAACUUAGAAAAAUAUUAAUUUUUAUAGUUGUUUUUUUUUCUUUUUUUUCUUUUUUAAGGGGGUUGCAUUCUGCAUCUUGUUACUGUAUAUUAGAAUAUAGAGACUAAUAGGGGGGGAAUUUGAAGUUAUUAGCUGAUGAUUGACCAUGACUUUAGCAGGGUAACUUUUUACACAUAAACAGAACUUGUAAUUGUAUUGUAUUAAAUUAAUACAAUAUAUUUUUACAUUUUUUUGUUUGUUAAUAGACUAACAGGGUGACAAAAUAAGUCAAGUAAAUAUUCUGAAGGGGGGGGGGGGGUAUAUGCUCACCAUACUUUACUGCUCAGUUAAACAUGGCCUAUAAUAAAAGAAAAAAAUAUUUUAUGGCUUAUAGUUUUUGUGUAAGUUGAUUGUUUUAUGGUAAAAUCAAGCACAUGUAUCAAAAAAAAAAUCAGUAAAGUUUGUGUUCAUGUGAUGAAGAAGACCAUUUGUUAUUUAUCUUUGACAAGCCUUAACAAUCAUGUCAUGUUGCUGCAUAACAGGAAUGUCCCACCACUGAACUACUGUGGCUGGAUAUUAACGAUGCAUGUACUGUAUGUAUAUCUGACUACUUUAUGUGAACCAUGUUAGCUGUUAUUAACCAGUUUAUAAUUCAGUAGAUGUUAAAAUUUGACUUGUUCUCUGACCUUUCUGACAUUCAUACAUGAGUUGUCACUUAAUCAACGCUAUCAACCCCCCUUUUUUGUGUUUGUAAACUAAACGGAAACAGUAUUUUUUUUCUAUCAAUCCAGGUAAUUUAUG